GCUUGCAGGUGACGUCGUGGGUUUGUCAUAACUCAGAGGAAGCGGGAACUCCAUCAGCCUCGAUUUGACUGGACUUGUUUCCACGCUGGCUGAUUCGCUGAUUGAAAAAAUCCAAAGCUUAACACAUGGCUUGUGAAAAGGAAAUAUGGCAAAAGAUUGGAGAGGGCUUUGUCCAAGAAUAUUACAACCAGUUUGACAAUACCAACAGGAUGGGACUGGGUAACCUUUAUUCUCCUGAUGCUUGUUUGACAUGGGAAGGAUCACCUUUUCAAGGGAGAGAGGCCAUUGCAGGCAAACUAGCAAACUUGCCUUUCAAGCGUAUAAAGCACAUUAUCACAGAGCAGGACUUUCAACCCACGGUAGAUAGUUGUAUCCUCAUCAUGGUGUUUGGACAGUUACAGGUAGACGAUGACCCACCAAUGGCCUUCCAUCAAGUGUUUAUGCUGAGGUCCCAAAACUGUGCAUGGGCUUGCUCAAACGAUGUGUUCCGGUUGGGGAUACAUAACAUUCCAGUGUAGCAAUUUGGAUUUGCUGGCUCCUGCACACUGACAUCCAGCUCUGAAUUCAUGCUGUCAUCAUUGAAAAUGCAAGGAAUUAUAUGCAAAGUUCCUCCAUGUUUAUAAUACAUCUAUAAGAAUGCUGUCUUGUAUUAGAGAUGUCAAAUUACAUUCCUUUCCAAUAAAAGAAUUUAUUAGUCUG